GUGGCCAACCCAUCUCAAUUCGGAUUCCAAGACGCAUCAUCCCCAAUCAUGGAAGAACUAGUCGAAUUCCAUGACCACGCCCUUAUAGUUGCCCUAGCAAUCUGCAGCUUAGUCCUCUACCUACUCUCUCUUAUACUGAUAGAAAAACUGUCUUCAAACACAGUCGACGCACAAGAAGUAGAAUUGAUCUGAACAAUCUUACCAGCCAUUGUCCUUAUUCUGCUUGCCCUCCCAUCCCUACAAAUUCUUUAUAUGAUAGAUGAGAUCGACGAGCCCGACCUGACCCUAAAAGCCAUCGGCCAUCAAUGAUACUGAUCCUACGAGUAUACAGACUUUAAAGAUCUUGCAUUCGACUCCUACAUAAUCCCUACUACAGAACUACCAUCGGGACACUUCCGCCUACUAGAAGUAGACCACCGUGUUGUUGUCCCAAUAGAAUCCCCCAUCCGGGUCAUCGUCACCGCUGGUGACGUCCUCCACUCAUGAGCAGUCCCAACCCUAGGUGUAAAAACCGACGCAAUCCCCGGACGAUUAAAUCAAACCUCAUUCAUCACCACCCGACCCGGAAUUUUCUACGGCCAAUGCUCAGAAAUUUGUGGGGCAAACCAUAGCUACAUGCCUAUCGUAGUUGAAUCAACCCCUCUCGCACACUUCGAGAGUUGAUCCUCACUUUUAUCCUCCUCCUCAUCAUUAAGA